GCUCGCCCAACACGUUGUAAUGCUGAUGAACGUGUUAUUGGUAAUGUUGUUAAAACUUCAAAACCAAAUUCGGGAUUAAAUACUUUUAACCGAACAUAA